AAUCAUAGUGAUUUUCCUUCUCACCAGCCAGAGAAGCAGACCUCUAAGUUUUGUCUUACAAAUAAGACAGUUUUUCUUUGCAUCUUCACUAUAACGGAGAAACAGUGGUUGCAUGGAUUUUUGUGUGAAAGCUGGGAGAUUAUGAUGCCAAAUUCAGGAUCCAAGAAGAAAGACAAUCUAUCCAGAAUGGACAGAUACACUGAGGACUUGCCAAAGCUGAGCAAUGAGAUGCAGCUGAGCAUCAUGAACAAGGUGAAGAACGGAGAGUUGUCCAUCGAGGAUGCUCUGAACCAGGCCCGGAAAGACCGGGACCAGCUGAUCAAACAGCAGAGCCUGGCUGAAGAGGAACCCUCACAGUACAACUUCAGUGUUCAUAAGCACAGCCAUUAUAGGUGGCAGAAGCGUGUUCUUCAGAUUGACUUCAAGACCAAAAUGCUGUGCAGCAUAGAGAAAGGCAUCAUCAAGCGACAGCUUCCGUUCUCUAUCGUCAAGAGCUGUGAUGAUGGAGUCGGCUCCAGGUUCUCCAUUUCCUUUAAAGGACAUCAUGACUAUGAAUUGGAGGCCACAUCACGGGAGGACAAACACAAGAUAAUGCAACUUGUGAAUCAUAUCAUUUAUGGGAACAUAUACAGUGAUCCCAAUGAGGGGAAUUCCGAAACUCGUCAGCAGCCUCGAGCAACACAGAGCCUUCGGGAAGGCGUCUUGCUACUACACAGAGGAGGCCUGGCGUCAUUCAGAUGGGUGAAAUACGAGGUCCAGCUUCACCCGGGCCAGUUAACACUGGUCCCCUUCAGGUGUCAGGGCCCUGCCAACGGCGAGGUGACAUCCUCGGUGGCACCCGUGUCCGUUGUGAUUCACCUGUCCGACGGUGGCACCAGCGUACAGGCACCUCACAGCUCGGACUCUUUCACCCUGACCACCCACAAAAACGAGUACCAAUUCAAGGUGCCUGUGUCAGAUCAAAGCAGUGCCCAAGAGGCUGUCCAGAGCGAGCGAGACGCUUGGGUCCAAGCCAUUGACCAACUGUGUUCCGAGUGGAAGAGGAAGUCCAAUGGCAAACACACGUUUGUGGAAACCAAGAGCCAGCAGAAUCUCAGAACAGACGAAGACACAGAGGACACCAAUACAGAUCUCGAGUCAAGCGGUGAAUUUAAUGGAGGGAACGUGACUGUCACUUGUCCUCCAGUUGAACAUGGAAAUGCAGAUCCCACUUCCAGCAAUGGAGACCAUUUAUCAGCCGGUUAUACGAAGCCUCUUCCGAAACCUCGCCAACCUAGGAAAGAUGCUGCUGAAGUUAUUGGACCUGACAUUUUGCCUCCCGUCCCGUCGCCAACCUCUCCCGGUGUUGUUCCCUUAUCUUCACCCACCUCUCCUUCACCCUCGCCCCCCCAUACUCCCCUCACAUCCUCCUCCACAGUCCCAGAGUCUCUUAAAAAUGAUUUGGUCUCAUCAGUUGUGAAAAAGCCUUCACCCCCCAGCAUCCCAGCCCCCCCGCCUUUACCCAUCAAAGUCAGGACAAUGUCAAGAAAAACACGCACCAAGGCUUUCCACUGGGACCUAGUCAGCUCAGAGAAGAUUGCAAAAUCAUUUUGGAUACAAGAAAGCACAGCGAGGAUUGAAAUAGACACAUCACGCUUGUACGAGCAAUUUGCCGUUAAAGAUCUGGGGACUUUUGGUGCGGCUGAGCAGACUAAUACCCAGCAUAUUAUGCUCAACCAGAAGAUUGCACACAACUUCAACAUUUUCCUCAAAAGUUUUCCCGUGCUGCCGGGAGAGCUGAAGGACAAACUGUUCAUCGUUAACGAGGAAGAUGGAGGCCUGUCUGAUGAGCACAUCACCUCUCUGAGGAGGUAUGUCCCCACCGUGGAUGAUGUGGAAAUGUACAAAUCCCACAAGGGACCCGUGACAGAACUGCACAUUGUGGACCAGUACAUGAUGGAGAUGUGCAACAUACCGCACCUGAGCACACAACUCGACCUGCUCCUGAUUCUGAGAGAGCUCCCGAUCAGCAUGAACGACCUGCAGCCUCUGAUUAACCAGAAGAUCAAAAUGUGCAUGCAGCUGUACAACUGCAGGUCAUUUGUUUCCGUGCUGGAGUACCUCCUUGGCAUUGGCAAUUACCUCAACGAGAAUGCCGGAAAGGAAAAGGCCAAGGGAUUCCGUCUCUCCUCCUUAACUAAACUCUCUCAGCUCCGCGGGAGAGACAGGAAGUUCACCUUGCUCCAUGCCCUUGUGGAGCAGAUCAUGUUGCAUGAACCGUGCUUGGCCACUUUUACCCAGGAGUUGGCAGAAUUUGAAACUGUCCCUGGAGCGUCCAUCAAGGGCCUGACCGCAGAAGUAGAUGUCCUGAAGAAUGAACUGCAGAAAGUUAUUCAGUAUAGAAAAACUUCCAAGAAGAGAAAUGCUGCUCAUCACCCAAACUUCUCCAAAGAUCUGAAGAUAGCAAUUGAGAAAUACAACACGGAUCUCGCGGCGCUGACGAAGACGUGUGAGGAGAUGAAAAAACUCUACUCUGUCAUACUGGUUAAAUUCGGAGAAUCUGCGGAUCAAGACUCUCAGGAGCUCUUUGGGCUGAUCUGUCAGUUCAUCCACGAUUUCAAGAGGGCACAUGCUGAAGUGAUAUAACUUGUACUGUAUGGAGCACAUGUUAGCAACAACUGAGACUGCAUUGAUGCUUAUCAAACAGAAAAGGUUUAGUCAACUGUUCAAACAAUGAGAAUAUUAUAGGACAUUACAAAUAUUAAUGAUGGAGGAAAAUGUUUCUUCGAUUUGAUUUUUUGUGAACUUUUGUAUUUGUCACUGUUAUUGUUGCACAGAUUUUUUAUUUUAUAAUGUGCCCAGAAUGUGAUUCAUUGUAUACUUAUACUUCAUUUUGUUCACGGCUCUGAAUGGCUUAAACUGGGACCUGAGUACUAAUUUCGUACCAUAACAUGUAAAUGUCCUGGUAUGACAAUAAAGUUCCUUGAUCCUUGAUCCUUGAUCCUUGAUCCUUGUAUAGACACGGGAAGUGUAUACUGAUGCUCGUGCACAG